AUGGAAUCUGGCUCCCUGAGGAGUAAAGUCCCGGCCUUCUUAUCCGACCUGGGCAAGGCGACCUUGAGAGGCAUCAGGAAAUGCCCCCGGUGCGGCACCUACAACGGUACUCGUGGGCUGAGCUGCAAAAACAAGACCUGUGGCACCGUCUUCCGCUAUGGCUCCCGGAAGCCGGCAGGCGUUGACGCCGUCAAGAUUAUCACCGGCUCAGACCUGCAGGUGUACUCGGUGCGGCAGAGGGACAGGGGCCCCGAAUACCGGUGCUUCGUGGAGCUGGGCGUCUCAGAGACCACCGUCCAGACCGUGGAUGGGACCAUCCUCACCCAGCUCAGCUCCGGCCGCUGCUACCUCCCGGCGUGUCUGAAGGCAGCCGCCCAAGGGGUGGGGGAGAACCAGUGCCAGCACCUGAAACUGGCCAUGGGCUGCCAGGCAGAGGCCACCCCCUUGACCCUGAAAAGCUCCGUCCUGAAUGCCAUGCAGGCCUCAGCCCAGACCAAGCAGGCCCUCUGGGAGCUGGCCACACAGCCCACGGGGCCCCUGGUCCAGAGGGUCACCAAGAACGUGCUGGUGGUCAAGGGCAAGGCCGGCCCUAAGCACAGCCUAGGCUACCUCCACAUCACCGUUGCUCCCAGGUCUGCCCACACACACCUGGCAGGGCCCCGCUUCUUCUGCCCCUGCCAGUCCUCGAGGGCCAGCAAGGCCUCCCCGCCUGCCCAGGAGGGCAGCCAGAAGUGCCUCCAUUUCUUCGCCUGCCUCUGUGCCUUCGCCAGCGACGAGGCUUUGGCCCAGGAGUUUGGGGACUUCCUCAGUGAUGAGCCUGAUGCUGCAGGUUUGAAAUCCCCGGCAAGAGCUCCGCCUGCUUGCCAACCGGACUCCCCUUUGCCCUCGGGAGACCCCGCAGCCUCCAAAGCGAAGCGCAAGAAGAAAGACGAGGGCCUGGGCUUGCAGGCCAGCAGCCCCCUCUUGUCCCCAGAGGUGGCCAGCAGCUCCUUGCAGAAGAACGGGCUGAAGAGGGCGCCUGUCACGUCCCUGAAGAGGCAAACUGGCAUCCAGGGGCUGGAGGAGUCGCAGGUAGCAUUGUCCUUCCUGGAGUGGCUGGCCAGCGUCACGGAGAGGCUCCACCAAGCCAUGCACUACCAGUUUGACGGCAAGCCGGAGCCCCUCGUCUUCCACAUCCCGCAGGCCUUCUUCGAGGCUCUCCAGCAGAGGAUUGGCCUUGGGAGCGUCAAGAUGCGGCUUCCCAACUCAACGACAGCUUUUGUCCGCAAAGAUGCCUUACCACUGGGCACCUUUUCCAAGUAUACGUGGCACAUCACCAACAUCUUGCAGGUCAAGCAGAUCUUUGACACCGUUGAGAUGCCUCUAGAAAUAACGCGCAGCUUCAUCCAGAACCGGGAUGGGACCUAUGAGCCUUUCAAGUGCCCCAAAGUGGAGGUGGAGAGCAUUGCCGAGACCUACGGACGCCUGGAGAAGCAGCCAGUCCUUCGCCCCCUGGAACUGAAAACUUUCUUGAAAGUUGGUAACACUUCCCCGGAUCAAAAGGAACCAACGCCUUUCAUCAUUGAGUGGAUCCCAGACAUCCUCCCCCAGUCCAAAAUUGGCGAACUGAGGAUCAAAUUUGAGUACGGCCACUACCGGAAUGGCCAUCCAGCUGACUACCAGGAGCAGCGUCCCUCCCUGGAGCAGGCCCUGGAGAUCAUCACCUUCCCUUGAGCUCCUCGCCUGCCUCUUUGAAUGUGCAGCCGCCCAGGGCCCCUUUCCUAGCCGGCUGCACUUCCCUGCUCCCUAUCAGCCACUGACCGGAAGAGCUGCCAUUUCGUGUGACUUUGCCACCCACGUUCUGUUGUCAAGGAGCUUCUCGCUCAAGCCUUUCUCGCAAACAAACAGCCACCUUCCAGCCUUGCCAGAUAGUGGAAUUGGCCCUUCCUGAAUGCCCAGGCUGGCUGCCAGCUCCAACCAACCCAGAGCGCCUCAGCUGUCUUCUGCACUUCCUCCCUCCCUGAGGUGUGGCUGUCAUCCCAGUAGCUCAAAGGGCUGGGGGGCUGAAUGCUACAAUCUGGCAUAUUUUACAAUAUAUUUUUAAAAUAAAUUAAAUUA